UCGCAUCUAAAAACCACACCGACCUCCGAAUUCAUUCCCUCUGGUUGUCAUUUCAAUCCUCUUCUUCUUCAUUAAACCCUAAGGAGUUCCUUCCACCUCACCCUCGCCAUUGUUCCACUCAACUUUCCAGAUCUACAAAUGGUUUUGUGACACCCGUGACUGCAUCCGUGGCUUAAGUUGAGUGAGUCUCCAGAUAUCUGUUUGGUGUUCCUGAAGACCAAUGGCUUUGUCAUUGAUCUCAAGAGGAACUUACUGGCUUCUUUUCACUUAUGUGAUUUUUGUUUCACAUAUUUGUAAUGGGUUUUAUUUGCCUGGAAGCUACAUGCAUACGUAUUCAACACGUGAUGAAAUAUAUGCCAAAGUUAAUUCUUUGACAUCAAUCGAGACAGAGCUUCCCUUUAGUUAUUACAGUCUACCAUACUGCACACCUCCAGGGGGGAUAAAGAAAAGUGCAGAGAAUCUUGGAGAGCUACUUAUGGGAGACCAGAUUGAUAAUUCUCCCUAUCGUUUCCGGAUGAAUGUCAAUGAGACUGCUUUCCUAUGCACAACACAUCCAUUAAGUGAGCAUGAGGUUAAGCUCUUAAAACAGAGAACUCGUGAUUUGUAUCAAGUUAAUAUGAUUUUGGAUAACUUGCCUGCAAUGAGGUUUGCCAACCAGAAUGGACUUAAAGUUCAGUGGACUGGGUUCCCUGUUGGAUACACCCCUCCCAACAGCGAUGAUGAUUACAUUAUCAAUCACCUAAAGUUCAAGGUCCUUGUGCACGAGUACGAAGGCACAGGUGUCCAGAUAUUUGGGACAGGAGAAGAAGGUAUGGGUGUAAUAUCAGCAGCUGAAGAUGAGAAGAAAGCUUCUGGAUAUGAGAUUGUUGGUUUUGAGGUUUUCCCAUGCAGUGUUAAAUAUGAACCUGAAAAGAUGGCUAAACUCCAUCGAUAUGAUGAAGUGCCAUCUGUGAACUGCCCACUGGACCUGGAUAAGUCUCAAAUUAUAAGGGAACAAGAGAGAAUAUCUUUUACCUAUGAGGUUGAAUUCGUGAAGAGUGAUAUCAAAUGGCCAUCUCGUUGGGAUGCUUAUCUGAAGAUGGAAGGUGCUCGUGUCCACUGGUUCUCCAUUCUUAAUUCAUUGAUGGUGAUCUUCUUUUUGGCUGGUAUUGUUUUUGUUAUCUUCUUAAGAACAGUGAGAAGGGAUCUCACCCGUUAUGAAGAACUUGACAAAGAAUCUCAAGCACAAAUGAACGAGGAACUGUCAGGGUGGAAACUUGUUGUUGGUGACGUGUUUCGCGAACCAACUCACUCCAAACUUCUAUGUGUAAUGAUAGGAGAUGGGGUUCAAAUCACAGGAAUGGCUGUGGUCACCAUCGUAUUCGCUGCCUUGGGUUUUAUGUCACCAGCUUCACGAGGUAUGCUUUUAACAGGAAUGAUCAUACUUUAUCUUUUCUUAGGAACUGGAGCCGGUUAUGCUGGUGUAUAUCUAUGGCGUAUCAUCAAGGGUACAUCCGAAGGAUGGAGAUCUCUUUCUUGGUCCAUUGCUUGUUUCUUCCCCGGGGUCGUUUUCAUCAUCCUGACUGUCUUAAAUUUCAUUCUUUGGGGCAGUAAAAGCACUGGUGCCAUUCCCAUCUCUUUGUACUUCAUAAUUUUAUCACUCUGGUUUUGCAUCUCGGUCCCACUCACCCUCUUAGGAGGAUACUUAGGGACUCGAUCCGAGCCAUGGCAAUACCCGGUUCGAACCAACCAAAUCGCCAGGGAAAUCCCUGCAAGAAAAUACCCUUCAUGGCUACUAGUUCUUGGUGCUGGAACCCUUCCUUUUGGAACCCUCUUUAUCGAACUCUUUUUCAUCCUUUCUAGCAUCUGGCUUGGAAGAUUCUACUACGUAUUUGGAUUUUUGCUCGUCGUUCUUCUGUUGUUGGUCGUUGUUUGUGCAGAAGUUUCCGUUGUCCUCACUUACAUGCAUCUUUGUGUCGAAGACUGGCAGUGGUGGUGGAAAGCGUUUUAUGCUUCUGGAUCGGUUUCGCUCUAUGUGUUCUUGUAUUCUAUAAACUAUUUGGUCUUUGAACUGCAGAGUUUAAGCGGUCCAGUAUCAGCUAUACUCUAUCUUGGUUACUCGCUGAUCAUAGCGGUUGCGAUCAUGCUGGCUACUGGCACCAUUGGCUUGAUCACAUCCUUCUGUUUUGUUCACUAUCUUUUUUCAUCGGUCAAGAUCGAUUAGAACGACUCGUUAAUUCCAACUUCUUAUCGACUGUUGGAAGAGACGGAAUUCGUCAAUUUCUUUACGAACACAUAGUUGAUCACAUGUUAAGGUUAGAUAUUUGAACAGCAUUAUAUCUAUGUUGUUUGUUUUGUGCCCUCUUAUUACAAUUACAACUUGUAUGUUUCAACAUUGAGAAAGAAAUGCAGUUUGAUUGUCUGCUAUAUAUGGUGAUGUUCCAGUU